AUGUCUACUGCAACUAAUUCGAAAUUUAACAACGAAGAGAAAACAUUCAAUUUGUUCAAGGUACUAAAUCCUACUACAACUGAAAUUUCCAAUUCGUCUGAGACAAUUGAACCCCUUCACAAAUAUGAAACCGAACCAGGACAAGCACAGAAGUUCUGGGGAGGUCCAAUUUUUCUUUCUUGGCUCAACCUUAUCUUCUUCUAUGACAAUAUUGAUAAAGGAACAUUUGAUGAGCAUAAAGACAGCUCGGUGUUGGUGUAUAAACAAGAAGUGAAGGAAUACGGGUCAGAAUAUACGAGCAAGGAACUAGAGAACCUCGAAGAAGAAAUGCCUGGCGCAAUAUAUUUACCAGUUGAUAAAUUGUGUUACAAUAAUCUUGCGAAAUCUCCGCCAGCAAGGACAGUUAGGAUUCAAGUUAGAAGAUCAGGAAUGACUAAUUCUGUCAAACUCGAAUAUAAUUUUAAUGAUCCUGUUGAAAAUAAUAAACUUUCCAAUUCUUACGGAUAUGGACAUCCCGCUCGUAUUUUCUAUGUAUCGUCAGCAUUUGAAGUUGCUAUCGGAGAUAAUAACGGAUGA